UCGAUUUUUGACAAGUCCUGAAACUGAACAUCGCUGAACAUUGAUUUUUAUCAGUCGGCGCAAACUCGGCGUUUCAGUUUCGACGGGAACGGGUCCAGGAGCUCUCCUGCCUUAUCCUGUUUGCUAAAAGUAGUUUUCAAUUGUGUAUAAUCAUUCCUUGAACUAAAAAAUAAUAAUAAUAUCCUCCUAAAUCAGAGAAACCAAAUAAAUUUCACAAAAAUAUUGAUAUUCAAAUUCUAAAUUUAAAUAAAUUAUCCAUAUAUUAACUGGCUCUUUCUGGGAAAUCUCAAAUAGUAGUUGAUCAUCAUGGCACCGCCACAAAGGAAGGCUCCGACCAAGGGAGCAAAGCAGAUCCUGGUGGAGAAUGAGACUACGAUCAGCUUCUACAGAAACAUGGCUGGGGCUGCAGGGUUGUUCUACAACUGCAUCAUGUUCGGCCUCUACCAUGAUGAUCUGGCUUCGUGGCUCAUAUUUAUGAAUGUGCUGGUGAUGCUGAUCUACUUUGCGUGCUACCAAAUGAUGCGCUACAUCAGCCGCCCGACGUACACCGAGCAGGGACAGCUGAUCGAUCCCGGCUUGGACCUCAACAUGGAGGGCGGAAUGGGAGAGCACAUCAAGGACGUGGUGAUCUUGACUUCGGUCGCCCACAUCAUGGCCGUAGUGUCCAACUUCUUCUGGUUGAUGCUUCUGCUCAUCCCGAUUCGUGCCUUUUGGCUCCUGUGGAAGCACGUUCUUGGCCCGUGGUUUUUUCAGGAGGGCCCGGAGGAUACUGAACAAGAUGACAAGAAGCGCAAGAAAAUGGAGCGCAGAAUGCGCCGCUACAACCAGUAAAUCCUUCGGGCUAAAGAUUCUCGUGGCUCCCUUCAAUUAAGGCCAACAUUUGUUAGGUAGAUGUAAGUUAGGUCGCUUAUACUGCGACACUGGAUGUGACCUGUCUCUUCAAGUUUAAGUCUUUUUGGCAAAAGAUACAGGAAUUGCAUGUGUUGGUAUACAGUUACAAUUUAUAUUGUAACUCGAUUGUGUUGGGAGGAUCUUGUCAAAAGGUAUUUUUGUGUGUAGCAUUUUGAAAUGAAAUCCAGUGCGACAGAUUUGGAAUGGAAUUUAUUCACCCCCGAACUUUUUAUGAACAAACGGACAUAUCGAAAUAUCUAACAUAUCUUCAUGGGUUGAUGUAACGUCAACAUUGGCCAUGCUUACGAAAUGAAAUGAUACCGAAAAUAACCGUCUAAACUCCGUUAAAAUCUGUUAUACUUUAAAAGUUGGGUAAAUUAGUUAUUGUUAGGUUCCUUAUGGGUAUGAAGACAUAUUAUUGCAAAACCCCCUUAGCCAUAUUAUGGUCUAACAUUGUUAUAGGUAAUGUAUGUAACAACCAUAUUGUGUAAGGCACUUUUUUACUUUAGCGCUGUUUUUUUUUAAUGACAUUUGGGAUUAUGAAUGGGAUUUUAUUAUGUACAAAUAAUUUUAUUGCUGAAAUUUUAUUUAUUUUAAUGAAUUAUUUUAUAUAUGUAAGUUCCUUGUAAGUUCAAUGAAUUUUUCUCAUAUUGAUUUAUUAAUAUUGUUUAAACACUUAAGAUUUUACUUAAAUUUUAAACAUAAUAUUAUAUUAUACAAUACCUACCUACCUAAUGUAAACCUUUUUUUUAUUUUUGUAUAGGUAUCUAUUAUGUAAAUUAUAAACGAGUAAUCAAUUAUUUGAAACAAUAAAAUCAGACUACAAAAGGAGAAACCGAGAUCAAUAAAACAAAAAAAUUAAAUAAAAUGGCUUAUGUUUCUUUCAUGAAAUUUCUUAAGUGCUUUUGAUAACUACAAUAUUUUAUACUUUGCAAUAGUUACCUAAGUCCAUAUUAUAGUUUUAAAAAUGUUUAUUUAUUUAAUUACUGAUACAAAAUUCGGAUUAUUUAUUUUCUAUUGGGAUCCUGGUGCUAUCUAUGAGCGAGUGUUUUCGUCAUGAAAUGACAAUAUAAUAUUUUGUACAUGUAA